AUGGAAUCUCUGGAAUAUGGUUUUGAGACACAAAUUUGUAAUCAAAGCAGCCCACAUUGCGGGGGUAAAAAAUGUUCUAGCAGAUCAACUGAGCAGGAUCAAAGUAAGACCAACAGAAUGGUCUCUGAACAAGGCAGUGAUAAACAAGAUUUUCUUGGAAUGGGGAUCACCAACAAUAGAUCUGUUUGCCUCGGCUCAGAAUCACAAGUGUCCAGUGUUUUGUGCUUGGGAUCAAGAUCCAACAGCACUGACACAGGAUGCCCUAGCAAUCGGAUGGGACAGGAUGUUUGCUUAUGCUUACCCUCCUCUAUCCCUAAUUCCGAAAGUGUUACAACACAUGAUAGAUUAUCAAUGCGAGAUGAUUCUAAUAGCACCUUUUUGGCCAAAACAAUGGUGGUAUCCACAGUUACUACAACGGUUGAUAGCACAACCCCUACUAUUACCUCAAUGGGAAAAUCUGCUAGAACAAGGUCAGGGAAGAUUAAAAAUAGUUCAUCCAAAUCCAGAGAUAUUCAACCUGACUGCAUGGCGAAUAUCGACAAACAAUUUAAAGCAAAAGGCUUUUCAGAAAACACUAGAAAAUUAUUAUCUGCCUCAUGGAGAUCUGGUACACACAAAGACUACAAAUGUAAAUUUAGACAAUUCAGUAGCUGGUGUAAUCAAUGGAAAAUUGAUCCAUAUGUUGCAACUUUAGAAGAGUGUGCAAAUUUUUUAGCAUCUUUAUUUGAUAAGGGGUUAAAAUAUAGAACAAUUGCAGGAUACCGAUCAAUGUUAUCCUCUGUGUUGCCUCCUGUUGAUAAGACACCAGUAGGACAACAUCCUUACAUUAUCAGACUUUUAAGAGGGGUGUUUAACAGUAGACCACCUGAGCGCAAAUUGCUGCCAGAAUGGGAUUUACCACUUGUUUUGGACAUGUUCAAGAAACCUCCUUUUACUCCGAUGAGAUUAGCUAGCCUUAAGCAUCUUACAUGGAAAACUGCCUUUUUAAUAGCUAUUACAACUUUUCGAAGGUGUAGUGACUUACAAGCUUUAAAACUAGGCGAAGGCUCUGUCAAUAUUCAAGAAAAAGGAGUUACUUUUUUGAGACAUGGUUUAGCUAAACAAGAUAGAGCUUAUCAUGACAAUUCAAAAAUUUUCAUACCAGCUUUUCCAGAGAGCAAAUUAUUAGAUCCAAAAAGAACUCUUUACAUGUAUCUGAAAAGAACAGAUGAACUGAGACAAAAUGGGGAAAAACAAGAAUUUAAAUUGUUUUUAUCAAUUAACAAGCCUCAUAAACCAGUAACAGCUCAAACAAUAUCACAUUGGAUAGUGAAAACUAUCAAGAUGGCUUACAAGCAGAAUAAAAAGCAAAUAGGCAAAGUAAGAGGUCAUUCAACUAGGUCAAUAGGACCAUCAUGGGCCCUUUUUAAGGGAGUUAGUAUGAAAAAUGUGUUGGAUAGUGCAGAUUGGGCAAAAUCCACAACAUUUACUAAGUUCUAUUUAAAAGAUGUUAAUGUAAAAGAAUGA